ACGAAAAGGACGAGAUCGAAUUUUGCAGUUGAUGCAAAAUGUUCAGUUUUCACAAACCUAAAAUCUACAGGAGCAUCAAUGGAUGUUGUAUAUGUAGGGCAAAGUCCUCUAGCUCGCGGUUCACUGACAGUAAGAGGUAUGAAUGUGAAUUUGAAAAGUGCUUCAGGAUAAAUGAAAAAAGGGCUGGAGAAAUUUGCAAUGCCUGUGUUUUGUUGGUUAAACGAUGGAAAAAACUACCAGCUGGAACCAGUCGUCAUUGGCAUCAUGUUGUUGAUGCUAGAGCUGGACCAGGAAUCAAAUCAACGCUCAAGAUAAAAAGCAAAAGUCCAACAAACAACAAAUACAAGUCUCCACUGAAAACCAAAAAGUCCUAUGCCAUUCCAAACUCCCGGGGCUAUUUUGAUGAUUUAUCAGUGAACGAGGAUAGUUGCGACAAAGAUGUGUUUGGGGCUAGUGAUAGUGACGAUUCAGACAUAGAUGAAAGUACUGGCCCCAUUGACAGACCAUCAAAGCACAAGCGCAAACAAAGUGAUCCUAGAAUCAGUUCAUUCCUAGAUCUCAGCUACUGGAAAAAAACUCAGGUGUGUUGUGGAACUAUAUUCAAAGGACUGAAUGGGGAAGUGUUGGUUGACCCCCAGUUGUUACAGCCCUGUCUAAGUUGCCGCAAAGACAACCAAACUCACAGCUCAAAGAUCCAUCGCUCUCAGUCAACUGAUGAGACAGAGAGUAACUCGAGUAGUAACAGUGGUUACGGAGAUGGAGACUCUGAGUUCUUGGACACAAACUGUGUUGAUACAGACAGUUUACCUGACAGUGGGACCGGUACUACAAUACCUCUAUCCUCAUUUCCAUGUACAGACACAGCUCUCAGUGCAUUUCCCACGCCACCACCUCUAGCCAUGGAGUGCUAGUUGGAAAAAAUCAUCUCAAUGUUCACAAAAUCAAUUCCCAUCAAAAAAGAAACAUUGUCCCCACAAUUCCUUAAUUUAUUUGAAUCAAUGUGUUGUGAGCAGUCAUACUUGCAAUACCUAAAACCGUUUGUCCAGGAAUAUAUACAUGUUUCAUACAAGUGACAUUACCAACAAAGAAUGUGUACUUCUGAUGUAGCUUGUGAGUGGGCCUACAUGUACAAAGUGUAACUAUAUAUAU